CACGUGUAGCGAAUUGGAAAAUAAGAACAACAUGGUGACGACGAUCAAAAUUACUGGUGACGGUGUGUUUAUCCAGUCCAAUGGUGGCGUUGGUGGUGGUGCAGGAGGGCCACGACUGCAGCAACAGCAGUUACUAGCAACUGCUGAUACCCUUGGCAGCACCGCCAUCGGGGAAGCGAAUUUGCCACCUACGAACGGAACGGUGCACAGCAGCAACGGAUCCCUGGACACGGUAGAUAGUGCCGGCAUCAGCGAUACAAACAACAAUCACAAAGGCUACCGCAACUUCAACCAUCGCCGGUACCAAUCGGACGAAGGACCGGGCUUUAUCGGGGUGCGCAAUGGCAAAUCGGAACGAGCUGAUGGUGGUGGAUCGUCCGGUUCGUCGAUCGAGAUGGCGUCGGGUGAAAGUGACGAUACGAUCGGCGAUCCCGAUCCGAGCCGUAAGCGUGACAAGUUUACGAUUUCAUUCCUGAACACGCAUCGCUCCAGCGGCGGUGGACUGCAAAACGGUGGCCAUGGUAAGAGCAUGCUCAACCACAAGUUUAUCGUGUACAACAGCAAAAAGCCAAAGACGUCCUCGGUGCUUCACCAGCAGUACUACCAGCAGAGCUUGGCGGCUGCCGGUGAACUUGGUAAUGGUAGUAGCAGUGGGUCGCCACCGUUACCGAUGCAGUACCAGAGCCACUACCAGCAGUACCUGUACAAUCGGCUACGGCCAUCGCUGUCAACCUCGGUGUUAAGUUCCCCGUCACUGAUUAGUGGAACGACAGCCGCGCUUGGCGCUUCAUCGCCACUCGGACGUUCCGUGGACCGCGAUCGUGAUCGGCUGGAGCAACAGCAUCAGCUUUAUCAGAACAGUUUAUUCCAUCAGCAGCAUCGCUCGUUGCUUGGAACUCCACCGGCAGCCGUACCUGGGUGGGCCAAGUCCACUUCCUGUCUGGUGACGGACAGUGUAGUAGCGGCAACUUCCUCCUACAGAACUGUCACCGCAUCACCGCUACUGUUGCUUCCUGCCCAGCCUACCAGAAGUCCACCACAGCCUCACGCCACCUCACCACGGCCCGUACCGAUCUCUUCGUCUAUAUCCUCACUCUCCUCGUCGCCGUCUUCGUUUUCUGCCAGCUCGCCACCAACGUCCGGUGCGAGUUCAUCGGCCAACACACCUCCACCACCGAUACCGAGUGAAGCUGCAACACUUUCGACUGCAGCUGUACCAGCAACCACCACCUCCACAGCGUCAGUACCGGCAACCUGCAGCUCCCCGACGCCAACGACAACAUCAAAGUCACCAACUCCACCACCAACGAGUACAACAGCGCCCUCCACACCGACGCACUCAUCGCCGCCACCCUCGUCAACGUCAAAUCUUGAUGUCGAUGUGAGAGGUGUUCCACGGUUCGAUCGCAGCACUAAACCUGCAGCAUCCGUCAUCGGCAGCGAUCAGCAGCAGCAACACCACCAUCAGAAGCGGUUUCAACACCAGCAGCGAUCAUUCGAUCUACAGCAUUCGGAGUCUGCGAGUGAUCAGCAGCAGCAACAGCAAGAAGAAGAGGACAGUUUACUAGUUUCGCGCCGCAACUCCACCGGAAGCAGCGUGGCGCUGAACGGAAUGAACAGCCACACGGCGGCAAUCAAUCUGCAGCAUCCGGGCACGGGACAGACGGCUGUGGUUGGUCACCAUCGAGGCUUCUCGUCGACGGUCGUUGCCGCCGCAAACUCUGCCGCUGCUUCCGCCUCCGCCACCGACUGUCCAUGGUUUUUGCCGCAUCAGAUGCCUCCGCCGCCGACGGCACCGGCCCGCCAGCACAAGCGGCCUGCACCGCAACCAGGCGGUGGCGUCGGUGGCGGAGGAGGAGGUCCCGGCAGUCACAUGCAGCCGCCGCAGUUCAUUAGCCCACCUCCAGCACCCCAGCAGCAGCAGCAUCACCAACAACAGCCGCAACAGCAACAUAGUCAGCAGCCAGCAAUCGUGCCGCCACCGCAAUUACCUCCACACACCGUUAACCCGAGUCUCAGUUCCAUCCAUCAUCCGGUGCAGCAGUUGGUUGCGGCACCGCAGUCAGCACAGUCACAUCAGCCACCGAUACCGCCCCAUCCGGCGGUACAUCACAUACCAAAAUCACCUAACCAGCAUCAUCCACCUCAGCAGCAGCAGCUGACGAUGCAGACAUCCGCGGUGCAACAGCACAGUCCGGCGGUGACGUCAGCGGUUGGUGGUGUGCUGACCAACAACAACAAUCACCACCCUACGGGACCAUCCACCACCGGGAGUAGUGCGACCGGAGGGUUGCCACCGACGACCGUGUCAGGGAAUGCUGCUGUCAGUCUGAUGUCAGCCUCGAUGAACAGUGCACAGUUACAGGGACACAUUCUCCAACCGGUUGGUGGUCUUACCGGUUCGGCACUUUCCCUCCAGCAGCAACAGCAACAACAACAGCAGUCAUCAAUUCCACCAGGAACACAGCAGGUGCAUCAUAUGUCCAACUCGUUGCACGGUCCAAUCGGUAUCCCGUCGGUAGUGGUCCCAGCAGCAGCCGGUCACGAUGGAAGCAAUGGUGUUGGAGGUGUACCCGCUCCUGGCUGGAACUGCGUGCCGGUAGGCCUAUCCUCGCCGACCACCUCAGCGGCAGCAGCAGCACAGCGGAGAGCGGAAGUGAAUGCGAAACUGAACGCCAUGCCCUGGUUCCAUGGGCGAAUAAAACGGGAAGAGGCCGAAUCGUUGCUGAAACCUCGCGAAGAUGGACUGUUUUUGGUGCGUGAAUCCACCAACUUCCCCGGUGAUUACACGCUCUGUGUAUGCUUUAACGAGAAGGUGGAGCACUAUCGCAUAAAGUACGUGGACAACAAGCUCACCAUCGAUGAUGACGAGUACUUUGAUCAUCUCGGACAGUUGGUAGAGCACUACACACUCGACUCGGAUGGUUUGUGCACAAAACUGAUGAAAGCCCUGCCGAAGGAAGAAUUCUGCGUGAAAGACUUCCAGGACAAUGGGUGGGAGAUCAAGAUGGAGGAUCUGCAGCUAAAGGAAAACAUUGGCAAGGGCGAAUUUGGCGACGUAAUGCUUGGUAUUCUGAAGGGUGAAAAGGUGGCGGUGAAGGUGCUGAAGGAUGCGGGUAGAGCAUCAAACAAAUUUCUUGCCGAAGCGGGCGUUAUGACUACAUUGGAACAUGAAAAUCUCGUCAAGUUUAUUGGGUUGGUGUUUCACGACAAGUACAUCUACCUGGUGACGGAGUACAUGAGCAAGGGAUCGCUAGUCGACUAUCUGCGAUCGCGCGGCCGGCAACACAUUAGCCGGAAAGAUCAGAUCAAUUUUGCCUACGACACUUGCUGCGGUAUGGAGUAUUUAGAGACCAAAAAAGUGAUCCAUCGGGACCUUGCUGCCCGGAACGUGCUCAUUUCGGAGGACUGUGUCGCAAAGGUAUCCGACUUUGGGUUGGCACGUGACGAACGUUACACUGGCGAUAGUAGUAAGCUUCCUAUCAAAUGGACAGCCCCGGAAGCGUUAAAGGAAGGGAAAUUUUCCAACAAAACGGACAUGUGGAGCUUUGGUAUUUUGCUAUGGGAAAUCUAUUCGUUUGGCCGCGUACCGUACCCACGAAUUCCUUUGGCCGAUGUGGUGAAGCAUGUCGGUAGCGGUUACAAGAUGGAAGCACCCGAAGGCUGUCCACCAGAAAUCUACGAAAUGAUGCGCCAAGCGUGGGAUCUAGUGCCCGACAAGCGUCCCACGUUUGCGGAACUGAAACGGCGCCUGUACAACUGUAAGCGUGAAACAGCCAACACUUACGUCACGUAG